UUGAGAGUACAGUGGAGUGUUCUAUUGGAGAGAGCCAGGGUAGUUCUGAAGAUCGGACUCAGUUCCUAGAUUACCACCAAGGAGAGACAGAGCGCUGCUUUCAGCACCAAGGACAACUCAAAGUACUGAAGCAAAGGGUUUAAAGCAGUAUUCAAAGCUAUGUUACAAAUGAACAGUUCCCAGCUUCUGCUGUUAUUUGCCCUGUGGAGUGUGUUAUAUUCUAAGACACUGGGGCUACCUGCGCUUGGAACAUAUACCACGAGGUUGGGGAAGACAAUGACUUUAGAUGGAGAUAGUGAAAGCGACUGGGCAAAGGACUCAUCAAAACACGAUUCGGUUCCAGAAAGCUAUAAACUUUACUAUGAUUUAGAAAAUGCAGUGGCCAGAACUACAAGACACGCGGAUGGGCUUUUCACGAGUGAAUACAGUAAACUUCUUGGCCAGCUUUCUGCAAGACAAUAUUUAGAGUCUCUUAUUGGAAAAAGAGUCAGCAACAACUUUCUGGAGGAACAGAUACCAGUCAAGCGCCACUCUGAUUCCAUAUUUACUGACAACUAUAGCCGCUUUCGAAAACAAAUGGCUGUAAAGAAAUACCUAAACUCUGUCCUUACAGGAAAAAGAAGCCAUGAAGAAAUGAAUCCUGCAAGCCUUCAGGAAGAAGCCACCCUUAGUGAGCCCUACUCAGAAAACUAUGAUGCAGAUUCUGUAAAUGAGCUCCUGAGCCGCCUCCCAUUGACCCUCUGAAGAAACACACUGGAAAGAUAAACAUAACUUUACAUAUGUUUCAGUUUAAACAGCAUUACAAGGACUUCAGUAUUAAAACAAAAACAGAUGUUGUGAAGUUGAAAUGGUGAUACUGUAUAUGUGGUUAUUAUAUAUACACAAGUUGAUGUUUACACUGUAAAUAGUAUAAUUUAGAGAGCUUUGCAUAAAUCUGUACAUAUGUAUGCUAGCCUUGAAUUCAGAAAUAUUGCAUGGACCUAUCUUCUGUAAAUCCUUAGUUCAAUAAAUGCCUUGAAAUGAGUACUGUGCAACACAAUGCAGCAUUAUAUAUAUAUAUAUAUAUAUACCAUUCUUUCCAAACAUAUAAGCAUGAAUAUAAACAAAACAUAUUAUUAAUGCAACUCAGGAUACAUUUUGUACAAUAACCCUCUUAAAUUGUCAUACUUCCCUUUUAACAUUGGUUAUUGUAGAUUUUGUUAGCACACCUUGAAGGGGUACAAUAACCACUUAAAGGAGUGCUAGCCAAGGAUUUAAAAUCAGUGGUCUUCUUCUUUAUACUUUCAUUUAUUCUUAUUAACACUGUAGACAAAAUUAAACAACCAGAUUUUUUUAAUUAAUUAAUUUAUUUGUUUUAAUCUUCUUGGUAUUCCUGUGUAGUAUGUCACAUGACCUGACUGUAGUUAGAGCAUAGGAGUGAAACUAAGUUACAGCACAGGAAGUUGGAACCACUAAGCAGUUUUCUCAUUGUUGAGCCUAAAACUCUUAGAUAAUUUAAUCUAUACUUUCCAUGUACUAACUUUAACACUCAUGCCUAAAGAGUCCAUAUACAUUAGGCAUGAUGGCACUGUCUAUAAAAAUAUUAUUCUUAUUAUUAUUUUUUAAAACAUUUAUCAAAGAAAGCUGACUAAACUGUAUCAAUUUACAGUAAUGAUCAGCCAGGAAAAUGAUUCAUGCCAGAGCAUAAAAUAUUUUAAAAAAUAUUUUAUGAAAAUUAUUAGGAUACAAAAAAUGAUGAGUAUAAUGUUUACUUCUAGCAAAAUGUCAUUCCAUAUUGCAGUAGAGUUGGGAAAACCUUGUAUUUUCUUUCCCAAAUGAAUGUAACUUCUGAAAUAUGCACUAAAUAAAAAAUAA